AUGGCUGAAUCUACUGAUGGAAGGGAUCUAGAAACGCAACUCAAAAAGGUUGCUUUAGCGUCUGCAUGUACGCUUACGGGGCCAACACCAUUUGAAACUCCGGAGCGAGGUCAUGGUUCGUUUGAUGUGACUAGCUGCUCGUUUGGCUCCCUAACUCGUCAUAUAGUGCUAACAUUACUUGUUUGUUAAAUAGAUGACGUCUCCGAACGUUUAGAAGACAAAGUAAGAAGAGUCAGACAAGAUGGCAGCGUAUACAAAUGGGAUGUAAGAGAAGACGAAGCAGGUACACAAUGACCUAAUAAUCGUUUUUAUUCAAGUUGUUUCACUCUUGUCAUUUCUCCAGUCGAAAACUGAAACAAUAUCUAUCUAGUUUCAUUUUCCUACCACCGAACAAUCCUUAUAGAAAGGUGCUGCUCGAUGUGCCCAGUACUUUUACUUGGAUUUGCACUAUAAAAAUUUCGUCGAUAGACACAAUACAAACUGUGGUUGUUAAUAAAUGUGAAUGCACUGCGUUUCAGGACCGUUUCAGCUCAGUUAAUGAGUUCCUUAUUGUACAGAGACCUAUGUAAAUCAACAGACAUUUUGUUAGUGUCGCUUUAUUAAUCUUAAAAACCAUUUGCAUACGUAUUGGCAAUAAAGUAGAGAAGGGCAUGCGUUAUGUCAGUAUUUCUCUUUUGAAAGUCUCUCUACUUUCUGUAGCGGGUGAUUUUUUGACGAAGAAUAAAACCAUAUGUUAUAGUUGAAAACGAAUAGAUAUUUCGUUAUUUAACUUUCGACACUGGAAUCUGAUCUAUCUUAUUUGCUUUCAGGCAAGACAUAGCCAAGAAUAGAGGUCCUGUCUGGAUGAAGGGACAUGUGCUAUUAUCAAAGAAAGAUCCUUGACCUGUCACAAACCAGCUUGUGAUCAAAGAAGAUUACUUUUCAUUCGUAGAGUGGUCAUUCAGGCGAGAUCGCGUUGCAGUUCAGAAAUAUUUUAUUUUAUCUAGCCCUAAACCCUUUUAAGGUUUCAAGGUGUAGUUAUCAUUCGCCUUUUAAGAAGAUAAGAAAAACCGUCAAUACCAUAUGAUAGUACAUCAUUAUAACUUUGUUUUGAAUGAACAAGAUGCCGUAAUUUAUCCACAGACUUAAAGGCUCAAUCAACCUUUUACAGCGUAGCAAAUAAGAAUGUACUGCUUAGUGUAGCUUCAAUUUGAGUGCUAAUGGUCAGUUUUAUAGCUUUAUUCACAGUCAAAUUAUUAUUAUUAUAAUCACAAGAUACAGUAAAGCGAAACAUUCCUUUCCUUUCGCUUGAAUUGCCAAGAAUUUGUAUCAAUAAGUUGAAAAAUAAGAACCUUAUUUCUGUUACGUAGAAUAAUAUUGAUAAUGCCUUGACACGAAAUGAAUUCCUGCAUUUGAAGUGACUUCAAAGUCCAAUUAGAUUAUACACUAGAAAAGUCAAGAUAACGUAGAAUGUUUCACUGUUAUUACAUGUAAACAAACGACUUCUUUGGGCUAGCUUUACAGUCGCUUAGCUUGUAAUCAGUUGAACCAGAGAAAGGGAUAAGCGUUUAAAAGGAUAAAAUUAACUUUAAAGGCUGAUUAAGUCUCGUGAAAAAAACACAAACAAUUUGUUAAGAAAUAAAUUGACAAUUUUAUUUUAUGUUGUUUGUUUUAUGUUGCUUUUUGUUUUCAAAUUCCUUAACGAAACGUCUUCUAGGCUAAGGCUUUAAUCAACGAAUCUGUGAUUGAAAUGAUAUAUGUAUUAUCACACGGCUAGAAAGUGUCUGUAAACACUUUACUUUCGAAGCUUGCAAACAUCGGCACCUUGUUCGUAAACAAAAGCCUGUUAUAUACUGCGAUGGCUUGUAAGAAAUGAUCCUAAAUUGGCCUCACAAAACAAUGAGAUGAAAGUUUUAGAUGUUCGGUGUGAUUAUAAAACGUGUGUGAAUAAAUGGAAACUCCAUGUAUGCUCAAAACAAACUUAAAUUAUAUUGUUGCACCGGGGCUUUUCCCUUUCGUAGGCCUCUUUAUCAACGUCAGCUCCACUUGGAUAAUGUUUUCAUUACAGAAAUAGAGUGGAAAUUAGAAAUUCUAGCAGCCGAUAACUCAAGAAGGGCUUAAAAUCAAGAAAAUGACAUUUUACGGCAGGCGUCAUUUCCUGUUCCGCGUGGAGUCUGGACCUACUCUCGCUUUCGUUAUUUGAGUUCGGAUUUGUUUUUCCUUACGAAAAAAAAAUUCCAGGUUUUUGGCAUUAAUAUCAAAUUCUUUGAUUUUUCAUGAUUACUCUUACAGCUCGCCAAAAAGAUGUAAUUAAAGUAUAAUUGCCUUCCGAGAAAUUUCUCCGAUUCCUGGAACUGCGAGAGACCGAUUAAGUCACGCAACGCUGCACGUAUGUAUAAAUAUGCGCUUGUUUUAUUACAGCAAACUUUCUUUGUUUACAUAUAAAACCAUUUGUGUAUUUAGAAAGAAAUAUUAGCCUCUACAUCUAUGGGUAAAGUUUAACGACUUAGACGGCUAAAGGAGAAAACAGAAAUGGAUGGAGAUAUUUUUAAGAGCUUUAUUUUUACUGCCACAACAGCGAAGACGAUAAACCAUAGUUUCGUCACGUAAUCUUAAGCCCCAUCUGGCCCUUCUGUCAUGAAAUGCGACGUGUUUUAGCAAUUGUCUGUAACUGAAAUGUCUCGUUAUACGAACAAAGGAGGUGUUUAAGUUAUAUUUGAGGGGAAAAUAGAUAAAUCUGGCUAAGUAACAGCUGAUGUAUUUCAAUAAUUCGAUAUUUGGUCGGGUGGGUGUGGGGUGCAGUGUGGGUCUUCUUCUCCCUGUGAUGGACUUUAUAGGAAUGCUCCACCCAUUAGGGGUACCUUUUCUCCAGGGGUGUGCAUUCCCUUGCAUGGCCUAUAUCGGGAUGUGCCACCGGACAGGGUAUGGUUUUUUACCCCUCUGUCCUUAAUAUAAUUUUCCUGCGAGGAUCUGUCCUAAACAGGGUAAUAAUUUUUUGUGAGUCGGUCCUUGUUACAAAAAGGAUUAAAUUUGUUUGUACUCCAAGUAAACAAAACCAAUGACUAUAACAUGAAUUUGCUUUAUUGCAAUUGCCAAAUUAUAUGAGUGGCUUAAAAACAAGAUGGCCUGCAAUUUGUCAUUUGUCCUAAACAGGGCAAUAAAAUUGAGGGUGUUGUCCUAAAAAGGGUGUGUAUUUUAGAUUGUUUUGUCCUAAACAAGGUCAGGGUUUCAAACCUCAGCAGUUCACCUAUACCCAAAUAUUAGUCGAGUACCCCCCUCUCCCCUGCCCUUUGUUUUUACUGCAUCCACUUGUUUCAUCAGAAUAAUUUUUUUUAGUCAAGAGUAAUGUAUGGGUUUUGCUAGGGGGUACUCAAUAGAGUUUUAUAAUGAGAGGCUCUGCCCUUAGGUCCAACCCCUUUACAAUUAUUCCCAUUUUUUCAACAGAAAAGAUACCCUUUUAGUAGUAUACCUUUUAUUAACAAUGUACCCCCUUCACAUAUCUAGUUAAGAACUUUGCACCUCUUUUAACGGCUGUGAAUUCACCAACUUUUAAAUAUGAAUAGAUCACAAAAAAAUGUUUUCCUCAACUUUCUCAGAGCCAUAAACGUAUCUGUUAGCCUUUUCCGGCCUUUUUACAGGCAAAUUUGACAGCUUUCCCCACCCUUUCAUAUACUUCAACUGGCGACAUCCUUACUCUUUCAUAUAACUGAAGCCUUGGGGCAGAGCCUCCCCAUAUAGACCAUUAUAGAGAACCCCUCCCCCUAACCUUGGGGAAAUUGGACCUUUGUUUAAAGAAUAUAAUCCCCCUACCUCAUCCCCCUCCCCCAUGUUAUUUUUAGAUUACUUUAAAUUUUUGGUUGUUAAAGUUGUGGAGGGCUGCAUGGUAUUAUUGGUUUUCAAAGGGCUUGAUCUUUGCACUAUACCACCAGAACACCCUACUGUUACUAAGCAAACCGACACAUAAAAACAAAAGUUCCUUGGCAUUUUUAUUUACCAAGACAAAGUUAAGGUCAAUAAAAACCAGACCUGUCAACCUGAAAAUAUGGAAAGCCUAGAGGAGCUGGCUUAAAAAUGUGGAGAUUACCUUAAAAACCUCUGGUUCCUGGAAGGCCAAUUAGCACUAAUCAGGGAUUCAAGUUCCACUUUUUGUAUUUACCUUCCUAUCUAUGUACGUUGCUUAUAGAGUAACAUUUUGUGUUAUCAUUUCUUUUUUCGAAGUAAAGCGGGCACAACGGUAUUUUGUAACCUAGAGUUACACUUUCGUAUACAAGAAGAACCUUGCUUAAAAUUUGGCUUAAUCCUGGGUUAAAUUUAAUCAUCUUUCGAGGAACCGGGCCUGGGAGAUUUCUCAUAAUCAUAAGGAAGUGAAUAUUACUUUCGUCCAUGGCCUAAAAAAAGGUUUUUAAAAUAGAGGAAAAUGUUGUUAGUGUAAAUAUUCUUUUAUCUAUAAAGGAUACAUGUAUAGUUAUGACCAUAUUUGGUAUACACCGAAUACAUGAAGGUUUUCUCAGUUUAUUUGCCAUUUUAAAGUACCGUGUAUGUAUUUUAGAAUUCAUACUGAACAAAGAAGAUAAUUUUCUGAAUGUCAGCAAAUUUUGAUAUUUUUAAAAUUAAUUCCAUUAUUAUUAUUAUUAUUAUUAUUAUUGUUAUUAUUUAAAUCAAAUACUGACCAUGUCAGUUGCCUCGAAAUCUUCGCAACUCACAGUGAGACCAGGGGAUUCACCUCAAGACUGGGGGAUUCCCCCAGCAGGACUGGGGGCUUCGCAGGUCAGAAAAAUGCAAAUAAAAACGAGGCCAAUAUUCUUGACCAAACAAGCUAAAAAAAGACUCGCCAAUUGGCCAAAAAGAGAACUGUUUCUUGUGCAACCAAGGCAGCCCUGGAAAUCCCAAGUGGCUAAUGGACCCAUUUUGCCUGUCGGAUAGCCAAUUAGAAACACAUGAUUCGCUUUAGCCCACUUGGGAAUUUGGCCAUUACAAUAAUACUGUACCCUAACACAUAGGUUACCUAUAUUUAACCAAACUUUCAUGACAUGAUUUGUUUAUAUGUAUAUAAUCAUACACACCUUUAAUUGGUAAAUACAUUAAAAAUUUUUUAACCUAUGACAUGUUCUUUGAUACAGUUUUAUAUAAGAACAUAAACAAGCGAACUAUUCAAUAACACAAAACCUGUGCCAACUCUUUUAGUGAAAAUAUAACUUGGAAAGUUUCACUCUAAGAGAAGCAGUCCCUUAGGUAUAACAAGCAUGCUGGUGGGGGAAGAGGGGGGGGGCAGUGAAACCCCUCAGGAAAGAGACAGGGAUGCUUGUAAAAAAAAUUAGAAUGAAACCCCUGAAGAAGACCAAUCUAGGCAUGGCUUAGGCUGUAUUAAUUUUGACCCCUUAAAGGGACCAAACUGGGCAUAGCUCAGGCUGUAUUUGACUCAUAAAAGAGACCAAUCUGGGCAUAGCUCAGGCUAUAUUUGACCCCUAAGGGAGACUAAUCUGGUUGUGUCAUUUGUUUCUUGCAGAAGUACUCUAGAAGUAGUACUGAUCAUUUUCUGGAAAAGAGAAUUUUCUGAGCCAGACUUCCAGCCAGCAAAGGAGUCACAGAAUAUGUCUUAACUGGAAUGAAUAAUAAUAAAAGAGCAAUAUCAUAGAUCAGGGGAGACAUUCAUUAUAGAUGUGACAUGGAUUGGCUUGUUGGAAAAUUAGAAUUUAACUCCUUGUUAUAACGAGACCAAUGUGAACAUGGCUAAGGCUCUAUUUUGACCCCUAAAGGAGAUCAUACUCCAACACAGGGUGAUGGCAUUUUUUUCUACAGACAUAUUAUUUUCCUUUUUUACACACAUUCACUCACUCAUUUCUCUAUGGGUAAAAAUCCUGAACACACCAAAUUGAUACCAAAAAAAGAAAUUUCUACCCCUAAGCUAGACAAAAAGUAUCCUUAAUCACUUUUGUGUGGGAGUCCACCCCCCACCACUCCCCAGGUAUGCCCUUAGGGUGGUGGUCACAAGUUGGUUAUAUUAUGCUAUAGAAUACUCUCCUUCUUUAAUAGUACAAAGAUUUUGCAGUCGUACUUAACAGUGAUUCUUCAAGUCUUGAAUUUCAAGUCUAGUCAAUAGCAUGCAUUUAUCGGAAAAACAAUCCCCUUAGAUACUGUUUAUGGCAAUCUCAAAGAUAUAGAAUUGCCAUGCUCCAUAUAAAACCAGCUCUCCCUGCCCCCACCUCCUUCCGAGGCAGCGUGCAAAGAAAGGUGUGUCCGAUAGCCCAGGGCUAGUGGAGUUUGAUAUCGGGCUAGUGAUUUUUGUGCAGUUAACUUGCCCGAUGGGCAAGUGCAGUUUUUUGAGGAAAUUCAAAUUACAAAAGGAUUGUAAUCAAUCCUGCUAAUCUAAAAGGGUUUUGGGGCUAGUUGAAAUGACUUGUGGGCUAGUACAUGCUAGCUACAGCUUGCCUGAAUGGCAGGCUGCAAAACUGACUUUCUUUACGCCCUGCCAGGAGAUAAAAAUUAAUAUUGUCCUUUACAGUGAAUUACAGGCAAACCCCAUUAAUAUAGACACAGAAUUUUAGAUUUUUACUGAUUUAGUUGGGAGGUGCCCUGCAUGGGACUCCAGGUCCCGUUUUCACCUUACCUUUUGGUCUUUUUUCUGUUGUUGUUGUUGUUACUGUACUGUAACUUUAUUUAGAGUGACUCAGACCAAUAAAGUUGAUAAAACAAAACAGAAGGAGCCAUAGAAAGUAUCUGUAUUCAUAGGGUGUUCGUCUUAAGUGGUUCAUACUAUUGAAGCAGAAAAAGAACGCCUUUUAUCAGCUUUUAUUAGAACAAAAUAUUAAAGAAAUUAAUAAAAAAUGACAUUAGUAUCAUCAAAUUUAGCAUCUCUAACCUUCACAAAGCUAUCGUUCCAUGGAGUAAAAUUAAUGCAAGGAAACAGUAAAAAAUCAGUCAUCUAUAUUACUUAGUGAAAAACGGUCUCUGUGUAAUUUGUUUGAUUCCAAAAUAGUCUGCAAUUGACGUCUACAAAUCAUCUUAUCUGAUGUAAUGUAGCAUUGAGGACCUCGACAAGCUGUCAAGUUUUUUUCCCUGUAGAAAGGAAAGGUCUAUAUUUAGAGCACACAGUGGAUAAUGAAGUGUCCACAUUAGUGAGGUUGACUUUUCUAUGAGAAUCCAUUGAUUGGGCAAAAAACAAUUUAAGUCUCCAUUUAAAGCGGGUUGAAUAUAGAGAAAAUGUAAGGGGUUUCCUCAGGGACAAAGAAAAUUGUCCAUUUAACAAGGUGUCUGUAUUAAGCAGGUGUCUAAGAAGCGCGGCUCAACUGUACCUUUUACUAAUCUAUUGUGUGUGAGCCACACUGUAAGUUCCAGACGAAGUUUUUUUAUUUCUCUCUUGGUUUUAUGGCUUGAUCAAGCUUGAAGCUCAGAGGAAUAGUUUCCCCCUGGGAGGGGGGUACUUUAGGAAUUUCUGGGUGGGGAUGUGCCGCUGGGACCCUGGAACCUUUAACCUAUACCAGAGCUAGUUCAGCUGAAUUUUGCUACCCUGUACUAGAGUAAACUCCCCAAAUCCUCCCUAUCCUAAAGUAACUGUUUUCCAGAAACUACUGAGGUCACUAGCACAGUCUAGCCAAAACAAAACCUUAUACCACAAUCCCUAGUUUAGAUAAAAUCUUCAACCAACUGAUCAGUUUCCUGAAAAAUGAUACCCUAUUCUAGACCCAAAUGCUCUGAUUUAUAUACCCUAUCCUAGAGUAAACUGCUUGAAAACCAUACCCUUCACAGCAGCACAUACCUAUAUAGCCCAUAUAUGGCAGUACCCCGGGUAGUUUCCUAACAUAUGCAUAGGUUUCUUCAUCCUCACCUCCACGAUAUAGCAACUAAUUUUGACCAGGCAUUGUAAAUUUAAUUAAAAACUCAGACAGACUUCUUAUACCUUUUAUGGGUAAAUUUUAUGCAUCGGUAGAUCUUUGUAAUUUGUGAGGGGAACUGGUUUUUUAUCUAAUUUUUUUCAUUAAAAAUUACAUUGCAUUGUUCUAACAAAAACCAGUUUCUCUUAUUAUCCCUUCCCUAUUGCAACCAAUUAAUAAUAAAAAGUUAAGCACACAAAAUCUGUAGCAAGGCUACUGGUAAACAAAGACGCCUCUAGACAUUUGACUGUAAUCAUUGUGAUGAGAACCUUGUAGCCCUUAGCUCUCUGGGGAACAUAGGGUUAAUAUAACAGCUUCUCAAGCACAUACGAAAGAGAGAGAAUGAAGCCACAGGGAGGAGAAGGCUUCCAGUGAAUUACAAACCCUAUGAAAAGUUCUGCAACUCAAUAAAGCACUCAGUCAAAAUAAACAAACAACAAGAGGGCGUAAUAAGGGGGGGACAAAGCCUUGUAGCAGGUAAUUAGCGACUUCGAGUUAUGUGCAAAAAAUAACACAAACCUCACCUAUCGCUUCACUACCGUGGUAGGGCAAAAGUGUUGGCAAAGCCUUUUUUGUCUUCCUAGCGCAGCACUGGCUGGAUCGGACAAGAUGAAGGCAAAGAGGUAAGAUGGCAGGACACAAGCGAUGCCAAAAGCUUGGAGGAAGUCGCUUCGCAGACUUAACUACGCCACAGCGAAUGACCCGAAAUGUUUAUUGAUAUAUUACAAAGGAGAUGCCUCCAAAGGGAGGAGGGGGGUUUUUCGAAAACUGUCUCCUAUCACUCAAAGGUAAAGGCGCACACGAGCCAAAGGCCCACGCGGCCGCAGCUUAUUUCCGGUUUCCGUAGCACGAAGCAAUCGAAGGAGUAUUGCUACUCCCCCCUGGACGGGAUGCUAGUCCAUCGCAGGGUUACCCCCCAGUAGUAUGUCGCCUGUAGCCUUUUAUACACCUGGAUGAAGAGCGAAAAAGUGGAGUAAAGUUCCUUGUCUAAGGAAACAACGCGACGGGCGAGGCUAGAACCCCGGACCUCCAGAUUCAGAGUUCGAGGUGUUAACCGCUCGGCCACACAUGCCUCCUACUAUCAUGCAAGCUGACUGAGUCAUGACUAGGUGUGGCAAGCCACAGAAUUUAACAGUACUAAAGACAGUGUCUCCAAGCUGAAGCAAUAAAUAUAGAUGUACUGUAAGCUACCUAGACUUACGGCGAUAAACUACUAGCCAAGACGAUAAGCCUUUAAAGCGACGACCAAUCCAUGCAGUGCUAAAUUUUUUUGUAGACAGGCAUGCAAUAGAUUACGAUACUUCUAGCCAUGAAAGGCUUCUGUUUAUAGCUAAAAGAAUAGAGUUCGUUUACAGAAUGAAUCACAAUACUACAAAAUACAAUCGACCUUUAGUAUCUGGUAGUCUUACUCGGCCUACUCCCUUAACUGCAUUUACCACGUAGGAAAUGUCUUACAAAAACAACAACAACCACAACUUAGUUACAAAUAAUUUUUUUUUUGAACUUUUCUUCCCUUCUCUAGUUCUAGCUGAAAGUUUUCCCCUCCAACCUAAUGAAAUGUACUCCAACGGGGGCUCCUGACUCAAAACAUUAUUUUAAAGGCUCGAGGGACAAAGAGGCUCUGGUGACUGGUGAGUCUAAAGUGAUCACUUUGGCAUCAUUGAAAUUCUGGUUAAACGUGAAAAUGCGGUCCAUCUUGUGCAUGUUUUUAUUUCUUUUGGGUUUUUGUUUCAACGAAUUUUUUUACGGACAUUUCUCAUGCAUGAUUUUAUUUGUUUUUUCCCCCACAUCACUUUUCUAAUGAUCCGUCCCUUAUCAUGAAUGAGAAUUGCCAUUUGUUUUCAGUUUCUUUGUUUUCAGUUUCAAACCUGAGUUGAAUCAAUUUCACAUCAAAAAUGGCCAAGUAAGUUUCUUUAAUGUUCAAAACUGAGAGAUGCUGUAGUUAUUUUUAGUGCUGGAUGCGCAUUGGUCAGUUUAGCUGGCAGCCACACUCCCCCUCAAUUUAACAAGUGGCGCGGUCACUAAUUGACCUCUCAAGACAUGUGGAAAGUCGAUGUAAUCGACAGUUUAUAACCCAUGAUCGAGAAAAUUUUAGGCGUUAUAGCCUUAUCUCUCGGGAAAAAAGCGACUGUUUAUGCUGUCGGAAGGGUGAGUACCAUCUAUCCUUAUUUUAAACAGUCUUAUGAUCAUUGCUUCCCCCGAUUCGUCGUGAAGUGUCGCGUGCACCUCACCUUGAUCGAUACGGUUGCUGAAUUCACCAUUUGAUAUAUUUCCCGUUUGCUAAAAAAACACAAAACCUUGUGUCAUUAGGUAGUUUAACAAUUACUUAAAGAAAUGGCUGAGUGUUUUUGUCUUUGCGGAGUAUUAAAUGAAAGGGGUUAAAAGGUUACUUUCAUUUUUGGAAGGAAUUUUAUAAUUGUGGUGAUGUAAUACUGGCUAUUUUUUACAGAGGCUAUAAGUUAAGCUUAUGUGUAUAAAUACUGAGGUUUAGUUCUAAUAUUCAUUUUAUACUGGUAGAUGCCAUUGGGGUUUUUUUUCAGCGGCUGGGAAUACAAUUUUUUAUCUGA